AUGGCAAGCAAUGGGAACAGGGAGCACGAUGACAGCAGCUUGAGCAGUGGACAAGGUGCAGAGUCCAGGGAUUCGAGUGAUGUAGAAGGUGAAGCUCCAGCUGGGCCUCUCAUAGGAGGGCCCACAGGGGGCUGUUCAGCCCUCUCUGCUGCAUUCUCGAGAGUACUGGGAAAGAAGACCAGGAGGAAGGAAGGCAUACUUGGGGAAAGCAAAACAAACCAAAAGAGGAAAAGGGAGGAUGAAGACGAGUUGGAGGCAGUGGCAGAGCAGGUGCAGAAGAGGAAAGGCAUUUAUGAGAUGGGACAUGUCAAAGUGCCAAAGCUCGGCAUGGACCCGGAGCACGAUGCUGAGAACAGGAGGCUGGUGAAGCUGGCAACAAAGGGCGUUGUGCGCUUGUUCAAUACAGUUGCAAAACUUCAGCAUGCACAGAAAAAAGCGUCCUCGAAGGCUGCAACACGGGCUGCUGAGAGGAGGGUGAAGUUCUUGGAUGAACUUAAGAAGCCACUGGAUGCAGGGCGACAAGAGGGAGAGGGAAUGGGUAACAAUGGUAAGAGACGCUCCGCGACAGGAGAGCAGAACCAGGAAGGACAUUCCGGCUGGGAUGUCCUCAGCGGGUCGAUCCCCAGUCCAGUACGGGAUCUGAAUGAAUGGGACAGCGACGCAGAGGAGGAAGAGGAGGAAUCCAGGAAGAGUGACAGCGACGAGGCGGAAGAAGCCUUUCUUAAAGAUGAGGAGGCAAGCAGCGGCGACGACUCCCAUGAUGAGAAAGACGUCGACGCCCCAAGCACGGAGGGAGACAGCGAUGGCGGUGGUGAAUGGUAG